UGGCAAGAUAAAUACUUUUAGUUAUUGAUACAUAUUGAGUUGAAGUAAAGAGGAACAUCAUGGGAAUAUUCGACUCUCUAGCAAAGUGGCUUGGCCUAAAGAAAAAGGAAGCCAAUGUUCUUGUGGUAGGACUUGACAACAGUGGUAAAACGACCAUCAUUAACCAGUUAAAACCAGCAGAAUCCAAGUCUUAUGACAUUGUUCCAACGAUUGGUUUUACAGUGGAAAAAUUCUCAGGAAAAUCCUUGUCCUUCACUGCCUUUGAUAUGUCGGGUCAAGGUCGAUACCGCAACCUAUGGGAACAUUACUACAAAGAGUGUCAGGGCAUUAUCUUUGUAAUCGAUAGCAGUGACCGCUUACGUAUGGUCGUAGCACAGGAAGAAUUAGAACAGUUACUUAAUCAUCCAGAUAUUGUUGGUAGACGCAUUCCAAUUUUGUUUUAUGCCAACAAAAUGGACAUGAGAGAUGCCUUGUCAGCUGUUAAAGUCGCACAUCUUCUGAACUUAGACAAAAUUAGCACAAAGCCGUGGCAUAUAUGUGCAUCAAAUGCCUUAACUGGUGAAGGGUUGAGUGAAGGCGUGGAAUGGAUAACUGGGCAGUUGAAAGAAGUUGUAAAUGCUAAAUGAAGCACCAUUAAACAUCCAUUAUACUAAAAUAUGUGGGCAUACAAGGUUGUUUAUCAAUAGAGAGUUGCAAAAGUUAUUCUUGUUAAAAAAAAAGUACAAAAAUUGUUUUAAAUAAUUGUACAUGUUGGAUGAAAAUUUUCUGAUAAUACAAUAUCAUUUGUUGUUUAUUCAAUUUUUGAGAAAAAAAGGUAGUUGGGGAGAAUCACCAUGCUGUUACUUUUCUUUUAUUAGACCAUGUAGACUACAACAUAUAUUCCUGAUACAAAUAAUAGAUAUCUGCAACUUUAUAUUAUAUGAAUCUAUACAACACAUUGUGGGAAAAUACAUUUUUUGAGCAUAAAUUGUCUAUAAUAUACUGAAAUAUAUCUUUGUUGAUUUGCUCUGGUUGUGAGUUAAAUGUUGUCGUAAUGAUGUAAUAUAUACACUGUAGAGUCGUACCUCAGUGAUUAUUAAUAUACAUUUUAUGUGGAUGAGUUGUUAAAAUGGAACGUAAUGUAAUGUGAACAUGAGUAACCUUUCAGUGUAAUGCAGAGUCUAUUUAAUUGAAUUAUUUUAGUAUUCUUUUACAUCUUUUACACAACAAUUUUUUCAGUCCGUCCUACGAUCAUAAUAUAUCAAGUUUUUUUUACCCAAAAUGGGUGAAAUAAUUGAGGAUUAUAUAUGUAUAUCAUAUUAGCUAAUAUUAUAAAUGUAAAGUCAUAGAUCUAAGCUAAGUUUAAUUAGGCCGUUUACAUUAAAAGUAAUGCACAGUGUAGUGAGUGUACCAGCAGGGAUUGAUAUGGGGCAUAUUUGCUAAAAGAUAAUACCCCCCUCCCCCCCCCCCAAAAAAAUCCCAUGAAUUACCAUUUUCCCCUUUUAAUGAGUAAACAAAAAUUCCCAUUACAAUACUAAAAAGCUCAAAAAAAAAAAUUCUUCAUAAAUUUUAAAAUUUAAGGUAAAAAUUUUUCCAGAAUAAUAUGUUAAAUGUGGUUUUACCUUGCUAUUUUAAGUAUUCAAAAUGGGAACACCCCCCCCCCCCCCCCAGCAUGACUUCCCCUGCACCUGCUAGUGUUCUAAAGUGGCCCCCAGACCUCUUGCUGAAUUUGCCAGUUUCUCCAGAAAGGGUGGUUUCCUCACAAAGAUAAAUUAAUCCCUGACCAUUUUUGUUAUUAUUGGAUUCAUGAUCUGUUCUUGUGUGAAUUUGAAUCCCUUUUUUUAGUAUGAAAAUUUGAAAUUGAUGGAACGUAAAUGUAGGGUAGUUGGAAUUGGUGCAGAUGGUACAACUGUAUGUUAAUUUGCUGGAGGGAAACAGUAUCUGUCAACAGUAAAAGUUAUGCUUAGAUGGAAUGAUAUUUAGAAAUGUGUUAAAGAGGUAGAGCCACUUUGGGCCUUAUUUGGCCAUGAGAAUUUCUGAAAAUUCAAAACUGCUCAGUUUAGGUUGCAAAUGCAGUAUUUAUCACUUGGACUGUUGGUGAUGACGUAUCUAUUAAUUGUGAUGUAAUUUCACAUCUAGUCAAUGCAUUAUGACGUCAUAAAAUGCGUCAUUUUCCUCAUAUCCUGUAAAUUCCUUUGAAAAUGACCUAAAGUGAAGCAUUUUUUCAAUAUUUCAUAUAGAGCACAACCUCUGAUCCAAAAUAUGCCAAUACAUAAUGAAAGGCCUAUUUCUGAAGAUCAAAAAACAUGUUUUAUUUUUUGGAUCGUGGGCUGUGCUCAUAUUUUAAUACUUUGCUCAAGGUAGUCAAAUAAGCAUAUUUUCUGCAAAUUUCAAGAACAUUGCAAUUUCUCAAAGCCUGUUUUCAAAUAUUUAGAUUCUCAAAACGAAAUUUAAUAACAGAACAUGAAAGCACCAAGUGUCUACUUUAUUUUGAUAUAUGAAAAUGGAAAGAGGGUGAAAGUUAAUUAAUUGAUAUAAGUACAGGGCCAUUUUAUGCAUAAGAUGGCUCUUGCUCUUUAACAUUGUAAAAGUUGGCUUUUUUUUUCCUUCAAAAAAAAAACAAAAAAACAAACAAACAAACAAACAAACAAAUA